GUGUGUACAAGUGAGUGUCUGUGGCAUGGCUGUGGUUCAGACUGUUGAAUGAGUGGGCCUUGUGUAGCAGUGCUUCGGCUGCUUUCUCUCCCCUAGAUCCACAUGUCAGAGUAGUGUGUGUGUGUGUGUGUGUGUGUGCGUGUGUGUGUAUCUCCACAUGUGUUUGCAGGAGACAGCUGACCUCUAGCCACUACUACUCGCAACUAACUUGCGGAGAAACUACACACACCAUUGGUAUUUUUCAAUUUUAGCACAAGCCAACUUUGUCAGCAGGCACAGAGUUUUCUUCUGUGCGAUGAGUGGAAUGACAUUGUGGAGAGCUUAUUGCUUGCUUCUGCUGGUAUCCCUGAUAACUCUGGAGGGAAAUGCCCACCCACAGUGCCUGGACUACAAGCCUCCCUUCCAGCCCCCGGAGCCCCUGGUCUUCUGCAAAGAGUAUGCCAAAUUCGGAUGCUGUGACUUAGACAGGGAUAACCAAAUAUCCCAGCACUUCUAUCAGAUCAUGGACUACUUUGAUCACUCUGGAUACAUGGCCUGUGGGAAUUAUAUCCGCAGCAUUCUUUGCCAGGAAUGCUCGCCAUAUUCAGCUCACCUGUAUGAUGCCGAAGAUGCCAACACUCCAAUGCGGGAGCUUCCGGGUCUCUGUGGGAACUACUGUAGUGAUUACUGGCUCCAUUGCCGUUAUACUCUCAGUCUUCUGACCAAUAACAAUGAAACUUAUGCUAUUGAGGAAGACCAAACUAAGUUCUGCAAACAUCUGGAACUGAAGGAUCCGGAGUACUGUUAUCCAAACGUCCUCUCCAACGAUGAGCUCAAUGCAAACCUGGGUGAUGUUCAGGCAGAUCCGCAAGGCUGUAUUCAGUUAUGCCUGGAAGAAGUUGCAAAUGGUCUUUGCAAUCCUGUCGCAAUGGUUCACGCAAAUGAUGGCACUCACCGUUUCUUUGUCGCAGAGCAGCUGGGUUACGUGUGGACCUACCUGCCGAAUGGCUCUAGAAUUGACAGGCCCUUCCUGAAUCUGACCAAGGCUGUUCUAACAUCACCUUGGGCAGGGGAUGAGCGAGGGUUCCUUUGCAUUGCCCUGCACCCUAGUUUCACAAAGGUGAAAAAGGCCUAUGUCUACUACUCUGUGUCUGUGAAGAAGCAGGAGAAGAUUCGCAUCAGUGAGUUCACCUUGUCUGAUGCAGAUAUGAACAUGCUGGAUCACUCCUCAGAAAGGACACUUUUAGAAGUUAUCGAGCCUGCAUCAAACCACAAUGGAGGUCAGCUGCUGUUUGGGUUAGAUGGCUAUCUGUACAUAUUCAUAGGAGAUGGUGGCAAAGCAGGAGACCCUUUUGGAAAGUUUGGAAAUUCCCAAAACAAGUCCACUCUCCUUGGCAAGGUCUUGCGAAUUGACGUUGACAACAAUGACUAUGGCGCCCCCUACAGUAUACCACCAGACAAUCCGUUUGUGGGAGAGAAGGACACAAAGCCAGAAAUCUAUGCCUAUGGUGUGAGGAACAUGUGGAGAUGUUCCAUCGACAGAGGUGACCCAAUCAGUGGCCAGGGGCAGGGCAGAAUGUUCUGUGGGGAUGUUGGGCAGAAUAAAUAUGAGGAAGUGGACCUCAUCGAAAAAGGAGGGAACUAUGGAUGGAGGGCAAAAGAGGGCUUCUCCUGUUACGACUACAAACUAUGCUCCAACUCUUCACUCAAUGAUAUCCUUCCGAUUUUUGCUUAUCCACAUAAAGUCGGCAAGUCUGUAACUGGCGGCUACAUCUACAGAGGCUGCCAGAUGCCUAAUCUUAAUGGUCUGUACAUCUUUGGGGAUUUUAUGAGUGGGCGACUGAUGUCACUAAAGGAGAACCCUGAUACUGGAAAAUGGAAUUAUAAGGAGAUCUGUAUGGGCAGUGACAAAACUUGCAGUUUCCCUAAACUUAUAAACAGCUACUACAAAUAUAUAAUAUCUUUUGGUGAAGAUGAGGCAGGAGAGCUUUACGUCCUUGCAACAGGAGCGGCCAGUGCAAAAGCCAGAGCAGGAGUGGUAUAUAAAAUAGUGGAUCCAUCAAGGAGGGCCCCUCCAGGCAAGUGCAGCUACAAGCCCACUCCAGUCAACACAAAGGGAAAACUGAUUCAUUUCAGCCCUAAGGAAGAGUUUGUGAUUAACAAAAAAGCUGCACUAACAACAACUGCCAUUCCCAAGCCAAAACCAACCAAACUCAGUACAACCACAACUCCCCGACCACGAGUACCGCAAACAACUCGCAGGGUGGCUCCAGCGACCACAGUCCGAUCAUCUACACAACAGCCACACACGUUUCACAGUACCCCGCGGCCCAAGCCUCCCUCUUUGUCAACUCCAAGGCCUGCAUAUUGGACGCCUACACCCAAGCCCACUGCAAAGACCCAAAGGAGCAGACCUGGCAAACGAGGCCGAGGCAAGUCCAGGAGGAAAGGGAACCGGGGAGGCAAGUCUCGCACUGGAACGGUGAGGCUGGUCAGUGCUGAUGGCCAAAAAGACCGUGGCCGAUUGGAGAUCUUUGUACGUGGCGAAUGGGGCACAGUGUGUGAUGACUUGUUUAAUAUUAAGGCUGCAUCUGUAGUCUGCAAGCAGCUGGGAUUUCCAGUGGCCAUCCGUGUGGCUAAGAGAGCAGAGCUGGGGGCAGGAGGCAUUGGGCUUAGCAUCCUACUGGACGAUGUGGAGUGUGAAGGGACAGAACGGUCUCUACUAAACUGCAAACAUGCCAAAAUUGAUAAAAAUAACUGUUCUCAUGAAGAGGAUGUAGGGGUGAUUUGCGGCCAUUAUGAAAACGCAAUUAAGUUGGAGAGAAUGAUUUGAUGUUAUUAUUGGCUGUGUUGUUCUUAUACAGCCCAUUCCAUCUUUCAACUGUCAUUUUAAAUAAAAAACUGCCUAUUGUAAUUGACAGAAAAUAAUGUUUUCUCAUUUAAAGGGUUAGUUCACGCAAAAAUGAAAAUUCUGUUAUCAUUUACUCACCCUUGUGUUGUUCCAACCCCAUAUGACUUUCUUUCUUUGGUCGAAGACAGAAGGAGAUGUUAGGCAGAAUGUUCGGGACUGACUGUUUCAGUCACCAUUCACUUUAAUUGUAUAGAAUAAAGAUGCAUUGAGAGUGAAUGGUGACUGAGACUAACAGUUUGCUCAACAUCUCCUUUUGGGUUUCAUAGAGGAAAGAAACUCAGAUGGGUUUGGAACAACACGAGGGUGGGUAAAUGUUGACAGAAUAAAAAUGUUUGGGUGCACUAUCCCUUCUAAAAGACUAAGACUAUGUCCCCAUCCAUUAGUCUCUUUUCUCUAUGUAAAAUGUCUGGAAAAUUUUUUAUUUCAAUCUAAACUCUAUAGAUGUACUGUACAGAGUUAGCUACUGCACAGAAAAAAAAUAUUAUACUAAAAAAGUGUCAAAUAAACACAGGACUCACAGGUAAUAUUAAAUCAAUUAAAUAUUCUAAUAAUCAAUAAUAAACUUCAACACUGAAUCAUGCAUUAUUUACACUGCACUGUGAGUUGUUGACCAUCUCACACAAGAAAAAGACAGUUGGAUGGUGAACAUUGUUUUGCCAGUUGAAAAGACAAAUGUAUUAAUCAUUAUUUCAUAAAAUUGUUUCUUAUAAAACAGCAGUGAAUUUAAAUUAAUUAAAUUCGAAAAUGUGCUUCAAAUAUAUAUCCAUCUAAUAUACCUGAGAUGAAGGAUUUCUCAGAUCGUCCAUCCAUCCAUCAGUCCAUCCAUUUCCUUAUCCUACCUAGGGUCACAGUGGUGCUGGAGUCUUUCCCAGCUACCUCGGGCUGAAGGCAGGGAAACCCUGAAUAGAUGGCCAGUCCAUCACAGGGCAAACACAUAUAGACAGACAAACACACUGACAAUUUAAUAUUUUUCUCUCAGAUUGUCUUUUUCAAAAACAAUUCAGGUUAUUUUUAUGUAAAUAAUGCUAUUUUUUCAUGCUGAAUGAUAUUGUUGCAUAGAUUUGUUUUUUGUUUUUUUCUCCAAAUGAUGAUUUUAUCAAAAUGCAAUGCUGGACAUUCUUUGUGUACACUGUGUAAGAAUUAAAAAAUGUAAAUAAAAUGGUUUGCUUAAUCA